AUGACGACAGGGGCCUUGCAAUUAGGGGGAAUGAAAUUAUUGGAGCCCAGGUGUACAAAAGAGCUGGGGAGUCUCUCAUUUCCGUCCAGACAGCAUCUUCGCCGUGACCUGAGCACGGCGUUUCUCCUCCUCUCGCUCGUCCUGCUCUCAUCUCUCCAUGCGGCUUUGGCCUACCGCUUCUCCGCGGGCCUCCGCACGGACAAGCUGCGAGGGAUGAUGCGCGGAUGGGCGCAAGGCGGGAGCUCGAUCGGCCAGCAGCAGCAGCAGCAGCAGCAGAGCGGCGGGAUUGGUGGAAAUGGUAUGGGCGGCGGGGGAGGAGCGGGAGACGGCGGAAUGGGAGGCAGCGGGAUGGGCGGCGGCGGAAUGGGCGGCGGCGGAAUGGGAGGAGGCGGCAUGGGUGGUGGCGGAAUGGGGGUUGGCGGAAUGGAUGGGGGUGGAAUGGGCGGCGGCGGAAUGGGCGGCGGCGGAAUGAGCGGCGGCGGGAUGGGUGGCGGCGGAAUGGGUGGCGGCGGCGGGAUGGGCGGCGGCGGAAUGGGCGGCGGCGGCGGAAUGGGCGGCGGCGGCAUGGGCGGCGGCGGAAUGGGCGGCAGCAUGGGCGGACCUGGUUCAUCUGCUCCCGGAUCGCAAUCAUCCAUGGGUCCUGGGGGAAACAUGGGCGGCCGAGGAAUGGGAGGUGGCGGAAUGGGCGGCGGCGGGAUGGGCGGAGGAGGCAUGGGUGGGGGCCGAAUGGGUGGCGGCGGGAUGGGCGGAGGCGGAAUGGGAGGUGGCGGAAUGGGCGGCGACAUGGGCGGACCUGGUUCGUUUGCUCCCGGAUCGCAAUCAUCCAUGGGUCCUGGGGGAAACAUGGGCGGCGGCGGAAUGGGCGGCGGAGGUAUGGGUGGCGGAGGAAUGGGAGGCGGCGGAAUGGGUGGCGGAGGCAUGGGCGGCGGAGGCAUGGGCGGCGGAGGCAUGGGCGGGUCAGGGUGGGUUGCUCCAGGGUCGCAGGCAGCACCCGGCCAGGGUGGACCUGCGAUGGGCGGAGGGAUGGGCGGAGGGAUGGGCGGAGGGAUGGGCGGAGGGAUGGGCGGAGGGAUGGGCGGAGGGAUGGGCGGAGGGAUGGGCGGAGGGAUGGGCGGAGGGAUGGGCGGAGGGAUGGGGGGAGGGAUGGGCGGAGGGAUGGGCGGCGGGAUGGGUGGAGGGAUGGGAGGGGCGAUGGGCGGAGGGAUGGGCGGAGGGAUGGGUGGACCUGGGGGGAACAAUGGAGGCAGUAUGGGUGGACCACAGUAG